AUAUUUCUCCCAUUUAAAACGUAUUUUCCUCAGUCGAGUCAGCAGUUUUCACAGAACAGCGUCGAGCUGCGUUCCCUGUAAUAGUUGUUUAUAAUUUCAUUAGCUGCGUAAAUCGAUUAUUAUAUAUUAUAGAAAAGAGAAUAUAUUUAAGAAAAAGUUAAUUAAAUAUAUUAAAAACUGUUCAACAAUGUACGGCAUUGAUAAUUAUCCAAAAAAUUAUCAUGCCAGUGGCAUUGGCCUUGUCAAUUUGGCAGCCCUGGGAUACAACAAGAAUGAAGUCAGCGACGACACGCAAAGCAAGCCGAAGUCAGGGCUUUACCCCUCGCUGCCCUAUCCGACAUCGGAGUCCGUGGGUGGCAUGCCAUAUGUGGUGAAGCAAACGGCCCAGUCACAGAAUGCAUCGUAUCAAGGCAUGUCGCAGCCAUCGGCGACACCAUAUCCAAACGCUGGCAUUUAUCCCAAUCUUCCUGCGAUGCCGUUGCCGUAUCCAUCCACACCGCUGGCGCCUAUACCAAGUGCGUCGCCAUAUCCGAGUGCCUCACCAUAUCCGAGUGCCAUGCCUUAUCCGAGCUCAACGCCUUAUCCCAGUGCAAUGCCCUAUCCGAGUGCGACGCCCUAUCCGAGUGGCCCACCGUCGCUACCCUAUCCAAUGGCUGGAGGAAUGGGCAUGCCAGGCAUGCCCAUGCCCUACGCACCCUUGCCUACAAGCCCGGCACCGCAAUCUAUUUACCCAUCGAUGCCAACGCCAUCUGCGCCGCCACCAAAUGAGCCUACGCCUGAGGAGGAGCCAUCCGUGGGCGUACAGGAGCUGCAGUUCACCAGUGUGAAGGUGCCCGAGAAUCAAAACAUGUUCUGGAUGGGUCGCAAGGCGAAUACCACGCGUCAGCGUAGCAUCCAAGGUGACGACUUUGCCACGCUGCGUGAGUCAUGUGUGUCCAACAACACGUUGUUCGAGGAUCCCGACUUUCCGGCCAACAAUGAUUCACUUAUGUUCUCGCGUCGUCCGGAUCGCUACAUCGAAUGGCUGCGCCCUAGCGAAAUAGUGGAUGAUCCGCAGUUCUUUGUCGAGGGCUACUCGCGUUUCGAUGUGCAGCAGGGUGAGCUUGGCGAUUGCUGGCUCUUGGCUGCCGCAGCGAAUCUGACGCAGGACUCGAAGCUCUUCUUCCGCGUGAUACCGCCGGAUCAGGACUUCCAAGAGAACUAUGCGGGCAUCUUUCAUUUCAAGUUCUGGCAAUAUGGUAAAUGGGUAGAGGUCGUUAUCGACGACCGUCUGCCCACCUACAAUGGGGAGCUGAUAUACAUGCACUCAACUGAGAAAAACGAAUUCUGGAGCGCGCUACUGGAGAAAGCAUAUGCCAAGUUGCAUGGCUCCUAUGAAGCCCUAAAGGGCGGAACCACUUGCGAAGCCAUGGAGGACUUUACGGGCGGUGUCACCGAGUGGUAUGAUAUCAAGGAUGCUCCUCCCAAUCUGUUCAGCAUCAUGACUAAGGCAGCGGAGCGUGGUUCAAUGAUGGGCUGCUCCCUGGAACCCGAUCCACAUGUGCUGGAGGCUGAGACGCGCGAGGGUCUGAUACGUGGACAUGCGUACUCCAUAACCAAGGUCUGCAUGCUGGACAUAUCGACGCCCAAUCGUCAGGGCAAGCUGCCCAUGAUACGCAUGCGUAAUCCUUGGGGCAACGAUGCCGAGUGGAGCGGUCCCUGGAGCGACAGUUCGCCCGAAUGGCGCUUUAUUCCGGAGCACCAGAAGGAGGCGAUUGGUUUGAACUUCGAUCGUGAUGGCGAGUUCUGGAUGUCCUUCCAGGACUUCCUCAAUCACUUUGAUCGCGUUGAAAUCUGCAAUCUCUCGCCCGACUCACUUACCGAGAAUCAGGAGCAGAGUUCACGCCGCAAGUGGGAGAUGUCCAUGUUUGAAGGCGAGUGGACGUCGGGUGUCACGGCGGGCGGCUGUCGCAACUUUUUGGAAACCUUCUGGCACAAUCCACAGUACAUUAUCUCACUGGAGGAUCCCGACGAAGAGGACGACGACGGCAAGUGCACGGUGAUUGUUGCGCUUAUGCAAAAGAAUCGUCGCAGCAAACGAAACGUGGGCAUCGAUUGCCUGACCAUUGGCUUUGCCAUUUACCAUCUGACAGAUCGCGAUAUGGAGCAGAAGCCCCAAGGGCUUCACUUCUUCAAAUAUCGUGCUUCGGUGGCUCGUUCUCCACAUUUCAUAAAUACGCGUGAGGUUUGCGCACGAUUCAAGCUGCCUCCAGGUCACUAUUUGAUUGUGCCCUCGACCUUUGAUCCAAAUGAGGAGGGCGAGUUCAUUAUACGUGUCUUCUCCGAGACUAUGAACAACAUGGAGGAGAACGAUGACGAGGUGGGCUUCGGCGAGACAGACGAUCGCAUUGCGCCCGCUCUGCCGCCUCCCACACCCAAGGACGAAGACGAUCCACAGCGUAUUGCGCUCAAGCGUCUCUUCGACAGCGUUGCGGGUAGCGACGAGGAAGUGGACUGGCAAGAGCUCAAACGCAUUUUGGAUCACUCGAUGCGCGAUGUCAUGGUCGGCACCGAUGGUUUCUCCAAGGAUGCUGUACGCUCCAUGGUGGCCAUGCUCGACAAGGAUCGUUCGGGUCGCCUGGGCUUCGAUGAGUUUGAAGCUCUCCUAACAGACAUUGCCAAGUGGCGCGCUGUAUUCAAGUUGUACGACACGCGCCGCUCGGGCAGCAUCGACGGCUUCCAUCUGCGUGGAGCACUCAACUCGGCGGGCUAUCAUCUAAACAAUCGGCUGCUCAAUGCGCUGGCCCAUCGCUACGGCUCGCGGGAGGGCAAGGUGCCCUUCGAUGACUUCCUGAUGUGCGCCAUCAAAGUGAAGACCUUUAUUGAGAUGUUCCGCGAACGCGAUACAGACAAUUCCGAUACUGCAUUCUUUAACCUAGACGAUUGGCUAGAGCGCACCAUCUACUCCUAGAGAGGUAUAUCCAAUCCCAGUCAGACCAGUCACAAUUCAUACUAAUCCGAAGUGCCACAUUUACUUACAUACCAAUACAACUAUAUAGAUGCUAUUCAGAUGAUGCACAGCUGCAAGUCCAUGACGCAGACAGAGCUUAUCAAAUAACAAACGAAUGCUACAGUGAGACCACAACAAAGCGGAAAUACAAAAUCGUGUGUACAUUAAUUAUAUUGACCUUCAGCUGAACAGCGCUUGACGAUAAACGCGAAAGAGCGAGGGAAGAGCGCAACCAUAAAUAAAACCAGAAACUCAGCAGAACUUGCCGGUUGUUUACAAAGAUAUUAUAUAGAUACUAUAUGGCUCACACACGCAUACACAUAUAUAUAUAUCAUAUUUAUAUAGUGUGUAUCUAUGAGUAAUGACUAAAUCAAACUGGGUCUACAUUCACAUUCUAUGCAAUAGCCAAAAGUCGCCGCCAGUACAAAAUGAUAUGUGCUUUAUACAAAAAAGAAUCCAGCAGUAUAUAAAUUUUACUACAAUUAUAUAUAUAUCUAUAUAUAUAUCUAUACAUUAAAUCAGCUGAUUGUAUAUUAUUUACUAUUUUUGCAAUGUGUUUUGUUAUGUAUUUGUUCAGGUGCUCGAAAAGCUAAUCGAUCAAAAA